GGCGGAGGGCUUCCGGAUUUCUGUCUUUAGCAGCGAAGAGGAACCAGGAAGUUACGCCAUAGUUUUCUUCAAGUUUUCUCUUAGUGCUUUUAGGAAUUUCUGAGGGUCGCUGAAGGAGCGAAGAAGGAACACACGAGGCCGAAAGUGAGUCACCUUAGCGAUGCCGAUGGAGUUGCACGGCCAGGGCCAGGCCCUCGGUGCCCACACCUGCAGUGAGUGCAAGCAGCAGGCGGAGAGCCGCUGGCACUGCACCGAGUGCGAGGACUACGACCUGUGCAUCAACUGCUACACCACCAAGGGCCACGCCCACGAGAUGGUGAAGGUGGGCCUGGGCCUGGAUGAAGAGGCCAAGGAGGGCGAUGAGGGCGGCAACCAGGGGGAGCCGCAGUUCAGGAGCCUCCGGGAGUGUCGGCGCCAGAGCAUUCAGCGCUGCAUCCAGUCCCUGAGGCAUGCCCGCCAGUGCCGCAACGCCACCUGUUCGCAGAAGGACUGCCAGAAGAUGAAGCAGGUUGUGCAGCACACCAGGAGCUGCCAGCGCAAGACCAGUGGAGGCUGCCCAGUGUGCAAGCAGUUCAUCGCCCUUUGCUGCCACCAUGCCAAACACUGCCAAGAAAACCCAUGCCCUGUUCCCCUCUGCCUCAACAUCAAGCAGAAGCUCCGCCAGCGACGGCUCCAGCUCCGCCAGCAGCGGUUCGGGAACCACCUGCCGCAAGGGUAGCUCACGUACCAGCGGUUGCCACCAUGAACACCCAUAAUGUGCCUCAGCAGAGUCUGCCUUCCCCUCCUUUAGCCCCACCCUGGACACCCACGCAGCAGCCCAACACACCCAAGACACCACAGCCUCGGACUCAGUCCCAUCCUUCUCCUGUAAGCAUGUCACUAGCCGGCUUCUUCAGCAUGGCCAGAACUUAGCCCUCCACCAUUAACCUUCAGCUCCAGCCCAGCCUGCAGCCCAGCCUGCAGAACCUGAAAGCCGUGCAAGCUCAGUGGGCCACGACCUGCUGUCCCUUCGCAGCAGCAAGCCAUGGGAGGCCUGAACCCCCAGGGCCAGGCCUUGAACAUCAUGAACCCAGGGAACCACCCCACCGUGGCAAGUAUGAACCACAGUAUAGAGAGAUGCCGCGGAGCAGCAGCAGCAGCAACAGGAAGGCAGCACUGGCAUGGCUGCAGGCCGGGCAGGACACGCCCAGUUCCAGCAGCCUCGGGCGCUGACUCUACCUGCAGCCUUGCAGCAGCAGUCGAUCCAGCAGCAGAUUGGGUCCCAGGCCAGCCAAACCCUGUUGGGCAUACUCUGUCCCUUCCCCUGCCCUCAGUUUCUCCCCUGCGCUCAGUUUUUUCUAUUGUCCCCGCUUGAGGCUCCUGCCCUCUCUGCCGUUUUCCUGUUAUUCUCAUUUCAGGUGUCACAAGAGACAGCUAAGCAGCCGAGAAAAGCAGCUCUAGACCCAGCUUCCUGCCACCGCCUGCACCUACAUCCGACCCUCACAGACACACAAAUAUCCCGCCCUCCCUACUCUUGCUUGCUGAAAUGGAUAUACUGGUGUGUGUUAAUAAUAAAAUUUCUAAAACUCUAA